UACACACACACGCCAACAAAAACAAAUAUUAAAAUAAAUAUAAUGAUAAUAAAUAUAUAUAAUUUAAUAAUAUAGUAGUAAUAACAAGGUUUUACGGCAAUCGCAAUGCAAACAGUUUACGGAUUUUUUGUUACUUAUAUAAGUUCGGUCCGACCCACACCAGGAUUACCCGGCAUUUAAAAUAUCAGUUGUGUCCGCAAUAUGGUUUUUAACAGUACAUUAUAAUUUAGUGUUAUUAUUAUUAAAUCGGUAUACUAAACAUCAAGUGUCGCCUGUAAGAGUGUAUGUGUUUAAUUUUAUAUUCAAUACGUUAUUACCUAUUACUAUAAUUGAAUAAAAACAACACAACUUUCGUUCGCGUUGCUGUUAUCGUUGUUGUUGGUUAAUAAUUAAUUAUACUUAAUAUCUAAGCGUGCAAAAGUGUGUUGAGCGAACGAAAAAAGAAACAUUCAAUUACAGUCAAUUUACAAUGUCCGAAUAUGAUUCUGACAACUCUUCGGACAGUUCAAGCUUUUCGAACAUUGAUUUCUAUGAAGUUCAAAAAUUGAUACCAGAAGAAUAUAAAACUAAGGUCGAUCAAAUCAAUGAAAUACUUCAGCGCGAAAAAAAAGAUGUUGAUGAACUAAGAAAGUUUGCACUUGCUGAAGGAGGAUUAGUUAGUGGGGUGGUGCGAUCUGAAGUAUGGCCACUAUUUUUAAACUUGCCUAAUGAAAACAAACCAUUAUUAGAUGAGGAAUCAAUAAACAGCCAUCCGGAAUACAAUCAAGUUGUAAUGGAUGUCCGGAGGUGUUUAAAAAGAUUUCCACCUGGCAUUUCGCAUGAGAAAAUUGGUGAUUUACAAAAACAACUGAUAGCAAUUAUAUUGAGUAUUAUUUCUGAACAUCCCGAGUUAAAAUAUUACCAGGGUUACCAUGAUGUCGCAGUUACAUUCCUAAUUGAAGUUGGUCAAGAAAAAGCUUACAGCAUUAUGGAGUAUUUAUCAUUAAAUCAUUUAAGACUGUUCCUCAUGCCAACAAUGGAAGAAACAUCAUAUUUGUUAUUGCAAGUUUUUCCUUUAGUUUCGGAGCUCAAUCCAGAAUUGGACUCUUUCAUUUUGAAGUCUGGAAUUGGUACAAUAUUUGCUUUACCGUGGAUAUUGUCGUGGUUUAGUCAUAGCUUGAGUCAGCACAAAAAGGUAGUUAGACUAUUUGAUUACUUCUUGGCAUCGCCUAAAGAGAUCAUUUUGUAUGUAAUUGCUCAAUUAAUAAACGUGAGGAGUGAAGCGGUUUUAAGUGUUGAAUGCGAUAUGGCUAGUGUUCAUGCAGCUAUUUCAAAGAUUCCUGAAGAUUUAGAUUUUGAAGACAUACUAUUACGGGCUACAAAAAUGUUCUACGAUCACCCACUUUCUGAAUAUAAAAAUGAAGUUGAAAAUAGGGUGAAACUAGAAGCCGACUACUUAGCCAGUUUAAAUGACGAUUAUAGAAUGCGAAAACAUUUAAAAGGCAUGAAAUCCACUUUACCACCGUUUAAGAAUGCUUUCAACUAUGCACCGAUAUGGCGUAUACCCAGAAUGAGAUUUGGUUUGUUAUUCUUUGGAUUCAGCGUGGCUGCUGGUUUAUGGGCUAUGAUGAGGACAAGUAACAAUUAAAUCUCAAAAUACCAACCCCAUUAAAAACGAAAUUGUUGAUCCAUUCCAAAUAAAGUGCUAUACACAAGGGACCAAAUAGACUGAUAUUUAUUAAAGAUAUUGUAUUUAUUGACAUUAUGUGUAUGUAUUUUAUUGUUUUAGUAAUUUGAUGCUGUGGAGCAUGAUCAACGAUGCUCCUCACAUAAGUUUGUUAAUCUCGUUUUCUUUUUAUUCAUUGUUUUAUUUUUAAUUAUUAUUAUUAUUACCAAAAUAAAUUUGUUUUUCUUAAAUUGUUACAAUAGUUUAUGAUUUUGAUAAAUAAUUGUGAUUUAAAUUUAUUUUUUAUUGACGCAAACGUUUCGUGAACUACAUUAAUUGUUUUAUUAUACCAUUUUGUGAACUUAUUACUCAAUGUUAAUUAUAUUCGUUCUAU